AUGUUGACCUUCUUAGCUCUAGCAGUUGCCCUGGCCUUCGCGGUGGCAGGCAGCAGUACUCCGAUCACUGACAAGGACCUCGCGUCCGAGGAGAACCUCUGGGACCUGUACGAGCGGUGGCGAAGCCACCACACGGUGGCCCGGGACCUCGAGGACAAGCAAAGGAGGUUCAAUGUGUUCAAGGAGAAUGCUAAGUACAUCCACGAGAUCAACAAGAUGGACAGGCCUUAUAAACUGACGCUGAACAAGUUUGGGGACUUGACGAGGGACGAAUUCCGGAGCACCUUCGCCGGGUCUAAGAUCGACCACCACCGAAUGUUCCGGGGUAGUCGACAGGGGAAGUUCAUGUACGAGAACGCCGACGUCCCUCCCUCGAUCGACUGGAGGCAGAGGGGCGCAGUCACUCAAGUCAAGAACCAACUCCAGUGCGGGAGUUGCUGGGCUUUCUCGGCCGUCGCCGCCGUCGAGGGAAUACACCAGAUCGCAACCAAGCAUCUCGUGUCGUUGUCGGAGCAAGAGCUGAUCGACUGCGACACCAAAUACGAUGAAGGAUGCAACGGAGGUCUCAUGGAGCAUGCGUUCGAGUUUAUCCACGAGAAAGGCAUAACGACUGAAGCAAACUACCCCUACGUGGGCAAAGAUGGCCGAGCGUGUAACGUCGAGAAACAUUCUCAAGUGGUUGCGAUCAGUGGCUACGAGGUUGUUCCUAGCAGCGACACGUCUCUAAUGAAGGCAGUGUCUCGUCAACCUGUGUCGGUUGCUAUCGAAGCGAGUAGCCGAGACUUCAUAUUCUACUCCGAGGGCGUGUACGACGGGGAGUGUGGCACGUAUUUAGAUCAUGGAGUUGCAGCUGUAGGGUACGGGGAGACGAAGGACGGGCAGCAAUACUGGAUCGUCAAAAACUCAUGGGGGCCGGGGUGGGGGGAGAAGGGUUACGUAAGGAUGGCGAUCAAUUCCACGAAAUAUCCUUUUGGGAUUUGUGGAAUUGAGAUGAUGGCAUCGUACCCCGUUAUGAUAUCUCCCUUAGUUCACCAGGAGUUGCCGCUGAAGGAUGAGCUUUAG